CAUUCAUUGGUAGAAAUAUUAAAGGGAACUACUGCUUGACCAAUUAGAAUAUGAAAUACAUUCUAUGUUAGGCACGCGUGAAAAUCUUCGUAAAUCUGAGGAAGGUGGCGAAAGAAACAGGCAAUGGGGAACAAAGUGUCCAUGAAACCAGUCAUCCCCAGUGUAAAGGCACAGGAUGAAGAAGAUUUAGUGGAUCCCCAACAAACUCUUAGGGAAGAGUGUCAUAAGUUGACAAAAUGUACAGAACUUCAGGAAAAGUAUACCGCAUGCAAUGACCGAGUCAACUCAAGAAAGAAAACAUCAGAAAUAUGCAGUGAAGAACUUUUUGACUACCUUCAUUGUGUGGAUGCCUGUGUUAGCAAAACUUUAUUUUCACAUCUGAAAUAGAAGUGCUGAAUUUAAUCAUUAGUCAUGUUCAGUUUAAGAAUUUGUAUAUUAUAGAUUUCAUUUUCUUUCAAUCCUGUAUAUUAUUUUCACUUAUAUUAAAUAAAAGGAAAACAAAGAACUGAAA